CUGGAGUUUGUGGGAGGGACGGGACAGGGCGGGGCGGGAACAGCCGCUGCCUGCUGGGAGCCAAACCGAAAGCACUCCAGUUGAAACUGGGCCCAGAGUCCCAGCUCACUGAAGUGGGAAAGCAUGGCUGGAGAGGAAUUCUAGCCCUUGCUCUCUCCCACAGACACGGGGGUGAUUGGCAGCAGGGGUGGGGUGUCUGCCCCCCCUGUGGGGGCAGGACAGGGCCUCAGGCCUGGGUGCUGUCUAGCACCUGGAAGAUGCCUGUGUCCUGGUUCCUGCUGUCCUUGGCACUGGGCCGAAGCCCUGUGGUCGUUUCUCUGGAGAGGCUCCUGGAGACACAGGACACUGCACGCUGCUCUCUAGGCCUCUCCUGCCACCUUUGGGAUGGUGACGUGCUGUGCCUGCCUGGAAGCAUCGAGUCCGCCCCAGGCCCUGUGCUAGUGCCUACGCACCUGCAGACGGAGCUGGUACUGAGGUGUCCACAGGAGACGGACUGUGCCCUCUGUGUUCGUGUGGUUGUGCAUUUGGCUGUGCACGGGCACUGGGAAGAGCCUGAAGAAGCUGUGAAGUCUGACUCAGAACCCCAGGAGCCCAGGAACGGCUCUCUCCAGGCUCAGGUGGUACUCUCCUUCCAGGCCUACCCCACCGCCCGCUGUGCCCUGCUGGAGGUUCAGGUGCCUGCUGUCCUGGUGCAGCCUGGUCAGUCUGUGGGCUCUGCAGUAUUCGACUGUUUCGAGGCUGCUCUUGGGGCUGAGGUGCAAAUCUGGUCCUACACACAGCCCAGGUACCAAAAAGAACUCAACCUAACACAGCAGCUGCCUGACUGCAGGGGUCACGAAGUCCGGGACAGCAUCCAGAGCUGCUGGGCUCUGCCUUGGCUCAAUGUGUCUACAGAUGGUGACAAUGUUCUGGUACUGGAUGUCUCUGAGGACCAGGACUUUGGCUUCUUACUGUACUGGGAUCGGGUCCAGGGUCCUCUCAAAUCCUUGUGGUACAAAAACCUGACUGGACCACAGACCAUUACUCUAAACCACACAGACCUGGUACCCUGCCUCUGCGUUCAGGUGUGGCGCCUGGAGCCAGACUCUGUUAGGACCAGUUUCUGCCCCUUCGAGAAAGAUCCCCGUGCACACCGGAACCUUUGGCACAUAGCCAAGUUGCAGCUGUUGUCCCCAGGGAUCUGGCAGCUAACUGCACCAUGCUCUCUGCUGGCUAAGGUGGUGCUGUGCUGGCAGGCACCAGACCAGGGUCCCUGCCAGCCACUAGUGCCACCAAUGCUCCCGGGGAAUGUCACUGUGAACAAGUCGCAGGAGUUCCCACUGGUGAGACAUCACCCCAACCUCUGUGUCCAGGUGAGAGGCUGGGAGAAGGUUCAGCUCCAAGAGUGCUUGUGGGCUGACUCCCUGGGGCCCUUCAGGGAUGAUGUGCUGCUGGUGGAGAUGAAGACUGGCCUGAACAACACAUCGGUCUGUGCCUUGGAGCCCAGCGGCUGCACACCACUGCCCAGCAUCGCCUCCACGAGAGCUGCUCGCCUUGGAGAGCAGUUACUGCAAGACUUCCGGUCACAGCAGUGUAUGCAGCUGUGGAGUGAUGAUAACCUGGGAGCGCUAUGGGCCUGCCCCAUGGACAAGUACACGCAUAAGCGCUGGGUCCUGGUGUGGCUGACCUGCCUACUCUUGGCCGCGGCACUUUUCUUCUUCUUCCUCUUAAAAAAGGACCGCACGAAAGGUAAGUGCAGGUCCGGGCUCACCCUCACGGGUUCCACUAUCCCAACAGCGGCCCCUCGGGCACGCACGGCCUUGCUCCUCCACUCAGCAGACGGAGCGGGCUACGAGCGUCUGGUGGGCGCGCUGGCAUCCGCGUUGAGCCAGAUGCCGCUGCGCGUGGUCGUGGACCUGUGGAGCCGCCGCGAGCUGAGCGCGCACGGGGCCCUGGCCUGGUUCCACGGGCAGCGACGGCGGACCCUGCAGGAGGAUGGAGUGGUGAUCCUGCUCUUCUCGCCCGCGGCCGUGGCGCAGUGCCAACUGUGGCUCCAGCACCAGACGGUGGAGGCGGGGCCGCACGACGCGCUCUCCGCCUGGCUCAGCUGCGUGCUGCCCGAUUUCCUGCAAGGUCGGGCGGCCGGCCGCUACCUCGGGGUCUACUUCGACGGGCUGCUGCACCCCGACACCGUGCCCGCCCCUUUCCGCGCCGCGCCGCUCUUCUCCCUGCCCUCGCAGCUGCCGGGCUUCCUGGACGCGCUGCAGAGAGGCUGCAGCCCGUGCCCAGGGCGGCCCGGGGACGGGGCGGAGCGAGUGGCCCAGGCCCUGCGGGCGGCCGUGGACUGUUGGACUUCGCUCUCGGGAGCCCCGGGCCGCGGCGAGGAACGGGACCCGGGUCCUUGCCCUGCCCUCGAAUAAAGGCUGACUCAGUAUUCCCAGCCCA